AGUUAGAUUUAAUGAGUUUAGAUACAGCUCCAAUGUAUAAUAUUCACAAAUCUUUUUUAAGUUUAGUUGUCGUAAACUUAGAUUUUAGUUCUGCAAUUAUUAAAGUGUUUGUAGAAUUGAAGU